AUGAGCUUCGAGAUAAAGUUACUUGUCCUGUCAACAUGCACAGCGGCGCUGGUAAUGCAAUUACAGAUCGCUCCGAUUCUCGCUUUCAAAAAGACGUCAGAUGUGAACGAGUUUACGGUUGAGAAUCAAAGGACGCGUCAGAACUACUUCUUACAGAGUGCUUUGAAUAACGACAUGGAAAGAAACAAAAUCGGAGUAACAUACAAUGAGCCACUCAAUCCCAACUCGGAUCCUGAAAAACUACCUGCACUUAUAGUGGACUAUGCUAACAUGAUAAGAAACGACAUUAUACUGAUGGAUAAUUCUGUUGAAACGCGCACUAGGAAAAGAGGGAAUGUCGUCAAGAAAUACGAUCAACCUGGAUCUAUAAACGAUGUGCCGUGCAUUUGCGAGUCAGAAGAGAAAGAAGCUAUUGUGCUGGGUUAUGAUUAUUUUCCUCACUCUAUUGAGACCAGAAAAUGCAACGCCACUCUCUGUCCUAAUCCAUACAAAUGUAUUCCGCGGUAUCAUAAUAUAACGGUAUUGAAAAGAUAUAGGCGCGUCACUGAUACUGAUGAUCAGUCAGAGGUGUACGUACCGGAUGACAUCGCAAAGCACUGGGUAGCUAUAAAAAAACCCGUCAUCGUUGGAUGUUUUUGCUCGAAAAAUUAUAAUGACAGAAGUUAA